AUGCAGCGUCGAGCAGAGACUACCGACAGUUGUCAUGGCCGUCCUGAAAAUGAGACUGAUUUGAGCAGAGUCUUCUCGGAUGUCACCCUGCGUCUCUGUUGGUUUGCAUUUGUCCUUCUCCACGCGUAUUGCUGGAUCUAUUUUGCAGCGAUGGCUCUGUGUUACUGGGGUUUACCUGGAACGAUGUUGGAUGUCUGGUUAUACUUGUAUGGACUGAGCUUGGGCACCGAGCAUGACCGUAACAUUGCCGUCAUUCUGGGAAGUGUAGCGUCAAUUCAUUUGUGCUACUUGGUGUGGAUGCUCGGCUGGUCCCUUCAGAAGCGUCAGUUUGUCUUUGCUGUUUAUGAUAUUUUUCCGCCGUCAAGGACAGAUUCAAUACGUAUAAACAAGCGCCUACAUCGCUACGCUAGAAAUGUCUAUCGCGCAGUAUUAUCAAGCAUUGGCGUUCUCAGUGUGGACAGCCCAUACUUUGACUUGGUGCUGAUAUGUCGAGAAAUCGUCGAGACUGCGCUUCAGACCCAGCAGGCUUAUCGAAUGAGUGUAUUACUCCCGCGUACGCGAUUAAACAGAUGCUACGUUGCAUUGCUAGUUAUCAACUGCUGGUCGACUGCGUUGAUACACUCCACUUUUCACAAGAUAUCAACGAAACGCCGAUUCUACGUGAUUGUGUGUGAUAGCGUACUCGAUAUGGUGUCAUCUGUCGGCAUAUCAACGGUUAUACUAGCAAUUUACGCAGUGGAUUUUGACUUUGAGCUAGGCGAAUUUCCAAGCUACAAAUGGUAUGAAGACGUUUGGCUUAUGCACGUCCUGAGUGAGUUUCACUUGGUGCUGGUCACUUCGUGGAGCGAUUUGGUGAUGCGACUGGUGUUCUCCUUGAGCAUGUUAGGCAACAUGGAUAAUAUGAAGAAGCUGCUGUGUACAACUACUACAAGUGCGAUACCAUCGGAAGUGAGAAAACUCAGUGUCAAUCGACGAAGAUCUUCAAUAGUGCCUGCUUCUGACCCUAAAGUGACGGAUGUGAAACAUGCGUACCGUAAGAACAGGUUACAAAUUCUGAUAGAGUCCCGAGUGAUGCAAGGAUUUUUUGGUAUGUGGGGAGCUGCUCUAUUGAUUCUCCACUUAUACGCUGAGUCAAUCUCAAGCGUCCCGCAAUGCGCAAUGCAAGUAAAGCCUUGGGGCACUUCCGUGCCAUCAUGUUCUUUAUUCGUUUUGGACUGUCAUGCCGUCAGCAUGGAUGGUGUUAGUGAUGAAGUUUCAAUUCAGUGGAGUACGUUUGACCGCUCAACUACCUCAGGUUUAGUGAUCAGACACUGUCCUCACUUUGAAGUUCCUGUCAUUUUGACCGAAUUUAAGCGGCUUAAACUGCUGAAAUUCUACAAUACAACCAUUACGGAGUGGAAUGAAAGCGCUGCUCUAUCACAAACUCACCAUCCAAGCCUUGUCAUGUUGUUCCUGGUACGUGUGAACAUGACAAAUGGCGAGCUGCCGACCGGUUUACAGGGGAGUGGCUUCCCAAAAUCGCUAAUGGAUAUCGAAUUCUGUAACACAAAUUUACGUGUACUACCCGACGAUCUAGAUUUGAAAUGGCCAAAAUCAGGAACGAUCUACUUCGAGGCAAGUAACCUGUCCACAGUUCCAGACUCGUUAGUAAGGCUUUCACCAUACGUUACCUCGCUCGCAUUGAAUCCGAUUGCGAGUAUACCCGAGUCGAUAUUGAUGAGAACCGCCGGCUAUCUUCACGUUGGUGGAACGCUCAUCACUGGAUUACCGCAGACUGCGAAGAUAUCACCAUUUUUUAAACUGCGAGUAGAUCGUACCAAUGUUUCCUUCUUUUGGGAUUGGGUCGAUCCGAUGGUCGCCCAUGCGGGUCUGGUAUACAACAGCCUUCCAACGAUCCUGGCAACGGGUUCUCCAUACUGCUCGGAGUUGCAGAGAAUUUUUGAAGGGAGUCAAUCGAACUUUUCAGCACCGUGGCGCCAAGGGGUAUCAAUGACCUUGUCAGAUGCAUCUCCGGAGAACUGGGCGACACUCAAGAAGGCAGUAUCAUGCGGGGCAUGGACACAGACGCUGUAUCCUGUUGAGUUUGAAGAUAACUACAGCAAGAUCGCCACCGAGAUAAGCAACCAUAAAAUGGCACUUGAUCAGGUUUUGACACAGGAGCAGACGUAA